AUGGGGCAGAAUAAUUCCACAGGGCUACCAGGCCAACUGAGGACAAGAAGUGCCUCCCCUACUCAGCCCCAGCAGGAGUUGGAUUCCUUCCAUGAAGAGCGCUCUGGCUCCCCUCAGACAUCUGCUUCUUCAGCCAGUGAAAGUACCAUUCCCAACAGCCCACCCCAAAAACGCAUGCGCACGGCCAAGGGAGAGAGCUCCCAGAGCCCCGAGGAGGACUCCGAGUAUCUGGGUGGUGACAAUGGGGUCAGAUUUCACAUUCAUCCAAGAGAUGAAAUUAAGAUUUGUGACCGCUUCCUGCUGGGGGGCUGCACCCAGGGGGACAGCUGCCCCCUCCACCACACCCACUAUCCCUACCAUUGGCAGAUUAGGCGGAGGGACAGCAAAGCCUGGCAGAGUGUUAGCGAGUCAGCUCAGCGGCACCUAGAGAAACUUUACUGCGACACUGGAAAAGAGCAGAUUAAGUUUGUUGACAAAGGCGGUGCUGUUGGGAGCAUUUUUCUGCACUCCAUGAAGCUGGUUUGCUUCGUCGGACCCUAUGACAAAGUGCGGCGACUUUCCAACACCUCUGAUCCAAAGGAGAAUCCCCACUUCCCCACAGAGUGGGCCGCCUAUUGGAAGAGCAAUGACAAUUGGAAGAAGUAUGAGGAGCCCAUCUCCCAAGGUCUCCUUGCUGCCUAUGAGCAAGACAAGGACAGCUACACCUUCGAACGCCAGGGCCACUUCUUCACUGUGGAUCUGAAGCGCCGUGUGCAAUGGAACCGGGAUAAGGGAUACGUCCGCCUGGUCCAGCGCCGACCUUCCUACCGCCCCCUCCUCAGUAUGGUGCCACAUCUGAUGACACUCCCUAGAAGACCCUGGGGAACAGUUCCUUCCACUUCUGACGUCCUCGGGGAGAAUCCAAAGGAUGGCUACUGUGGAUCCUAUCCUGUUGCCUGGGUCCCGAAGCCACCAGAUGGCCAGGCUUUCCUGAAGAUGGAGGUGCUACCAACAGAGGUUGCAUACCACAGAGUUUGUGCUCUCUUCCAUCAGUCUGUCUCAGAGGAAAAGACACUGGUGCUGGGGAUUUACCGAAUCCGGAACGAUGAUCUCUGGGAAAAAUAUACCAGGAAGAAGGCCAUCAUGUCCCAUGCAUGUUCACUGCAGGAGAAACACCAGCUGGAGAAGCACCUCUUCUAUGGGAGUGCUGCUGACUUCCUGGAGCCCAUCUGCCAGAACAACUUUGACCCCAGCUUCUCAAGGCUGCAUGCCCCAAUCUACGGCAGGGGCUGCUAUUUCUCCAAGAGUGCCAUCUAUUCACACCGCCACGGCCAGGCGAGCAAGGCCGGGCUACGCUACAUGUUCCUGGCCAAGGUGCUGGUGGGCAAGACUGCUGUUGGGCAUAAACUUUUCCGCCACCCCCUGCCCGUCGUGCCUGGUGGGCAGCUCUUCAACUCCUGGGUCAACAGCAGAAGCAAUACCCAAGUGUAUGUGAUCUCUGACAACUGCCAGUGCUACCCCUACUUCCUGAUUAGCUACAAGAUGCUCUCUGACCCCGUAGCAGUGGAUGGUUGAUAGUGCAAGGGGGAGGAACUGCUCAUUAGGAAAGAUUGCUGACGCAGCUUUUCUGAUCAGGCUCCACUUCCCCCUGUGGGGACAGGGGUCACUUUUUGUUGACACCUACAGCCUUCCUAUGCAACCUGCUCUGUAAAACCCACUCUACAUCCACUCUGAGCAGCAGCUGUGACCCUCCCAGUGUAUGUGGAAAACAAGGCCACCUAGUUUCAAAAGAGCUCUGUCCCAUCCCAUCCUAUUCAAUCUCCAGCAGAUUUACCCACCCUGUGUUCAACUUCACCCCUGUCACCUUCACUAUCUGUCCAAAUGCAAACAUCCCUGGAGGCUGUGCCAUCAGACACUGCUCCAAGCUCUGGCCUGGAAGCUGCUCUAUUACACCAUACGAGCCAUCACCCUCCGUGACCUCUCACUGCUUUUGUAGACUGCAGUAUGUGAUUCACAAAAAGUCACCACUUUGUUCAUGACUCACCUUCUCUUCCACCUUCUAAAGGGGCCUUCAGCCUGCGGGUAAUUGGUUUGUCAAAAGUUGUUUGCACAGUGGCUUGCUUUAGUGUUUGCUAAGUUUUCUGGUGUAAGACUAAUUUAGAAGUAUUGUUAGAAUAUUCACCAUGGGUCAGAGUGCUCUCAUGUGUUUGUAAUUAUUUAACAUAUAGGUUCGUUAUACAGAGGCAGAGUGGCUGUAAGCAUCUGCUGUGUUUAGUCUGUUGCAUGAAACCUCCCAAUGUCAAGGAUCAGGGAAAGUUUCUGGCUGCUCAGGCCUUGCUCCCAAUGAUAACAUGUCACCUGCCCCUGCAGGAAACCUCCUGUGAUCCUCAGUUUUUGGGACCUAGGAAAUGGCCAGUUGUUAGUGAGUUAAUAUGUCCUAAUGCCUGAGAACCUGUGGAUUGCUCAUUUAUUCAUGUAAGCAAUAACUGUUUAAUUCACACUGUACUAUUAACAUAAUUACUUUCUUUGCCAAGUUUC